CGGCCGUUCCCGCCGAUGGGCGGCGCGGGCGGGAAGCGGCGGCGGGCGAUGGCGGCGGCCAUGAAGCGGCGGCGCGGGACGGAGCCGGAGCCGGAGCGGGGCUGCCUGAGGGCCUGGGCCGCCCACAGCCGGGCGCUGGUCGAGCGAUGCACGACGGCGCGGUGCGGCGGAGAGGCGCGGCGGCAGCUGCGAGACGAGUUCCGAGAGCUGCUCCUGAGCAUCCGCGGGCUGCCAGCUGCCCUCCCUGCCCUGCCGCUGGAACUCACUGCUCUCUACAACUCCCUGCUUUUCACUGUGGGAGCAUCUGACUCUGUCGUCAAAGGAGAAGCGGAAGGAAUACGCCAGGGGCUCUUCAGGGUUCUGGAGGCUUGUGGGGCCUGCGGAGAGGAUCUUGGCACGGAAGAGCUGUGGGAAAAGGUGCUGCAGGAGGUAACCAUGGAGGAGCUGCAGGCACCUCUGCACCGCCUUGGGGCCCUGCAAGCAGCCUGGUGGCUGGCAGCCAGCCAGCUGGGAAGUGUUGCUGGCCUCUUCCAGCUCCUGAGCACUGCUAAGGACCUGGGAAGAGCUCACUGCAGUGAGGGGCAGAACGAACUCCUCUCCAUGAUCAAGGCAUGGCAGGUCCCUCCUGAGGAAGCCUCCCUGCCCCUUGUACAAAGCGCCAAGGACUUGAAGGAAAUCCUCUGCACUGCAGCAGCCUUCCUGCAAGGGCUGCAGGAGCUGGAGGCUGGGAACCUCCCUGCUGCUCUUUCCCUCCUUCAGGAAGCUGCAGGAGGAUUCUGCUCCAAGAAUAUCCUGGCCCAGAUCUACACCUGCCUUGGCUGCUGUGCUCAGCGAAUGGGCAAGCCUCAGACAGCCCUUCAGCAUCUGAAACGGGCCCUCCAGGCUGAUUUCCAGUGCCUUCCUGCCCUGUCCCACAUGGCAACAGUGUACCAUAAACUGGGAGACACCGAUGCGGAGCUGCAGGCCCUGACCCUACUCUACGAGGCUCUGGGAAAAAACCCUCCAGCAGCUGCUUCCUCUAGUCCCUAUUUCCUCAUGCGAACAGAGCUGCUUGUCCACGCACCAGUACUCACUUCCCUCCUUCGCCAUCACUACCCCUCUGAAGUGAAGUAUCUUCUGGCACAGCGGUGUCUCCAGGAUGGGAGGGUGGCUGAUGCAGUGGAACAUUACCUGGAUUUUCUGUCUCUCCUUCAGGAGGGUUUGCAGCAGCAGGUUCCCAUGGAUGGUAGCUCAGCUCUGCCCAGGAUCCCAGAGGUGUUCCUGGAAGCAGCAUCUGCCUUGGAGCAGGCUGGGAGGCACCAAGAUGCCAUAACUGUGUGUGAGGAGGUCAUCAGCCGGACAACUGACCUCAUUCCACGGGUGUUACGAGUGGAGGAGAGGCUGGAGCAGACAGAGUCCUCAUUGCCAGGGGCAGAACUGGUGGGUGGAUUCCUGUCUAAGAAGAAGGAGAGCAUGUGCUGCCUUGCCUGGAGAGCAGCUGGAUACCUGCAGCAGGGCUGGGCAUGGGCCAAGCUGGGCGAGAGCAAGGAAGCUGUAACACAGUUCAGCAGGUGCCUCAGUGAUCUCCUGCGUGUCCAGCUUCAUGGGUCUGGAGUCAAACAGACAGAGAAUCUCCAGCCAGAAGUGGAGGUGCUCCAGAAGAUCAGGUUGCUCUCUCUCAUUGGGCGAGGUACACAGUUCCUGGAGCUGGGGAGGAAUAAAGAAGCCCUGUUGGAUUUCCAGCACAGUUUGCAGAUCUCACCAGGUGACCCAGCAGCUGCCUCCUACCUGGUGCAGACCUUGUGGAAGAUGAACCGAAAGCAGGAGGCAGCUGCCCAGUGGCUGAAGUUCUCUGAGAGCUCCCCUGGAGACGAUGGGCAGCAGCCAGGGCAGGGAAGACCCCUCCCUUUGUACCUGGUUUCAUGUCUGGAGCAAGCAGUGUUCCCUCACAGUGAAUCUCUUGCCGGAAGCAUACAGGAUUUCCUUGGGGCAGCAACCCAGGACACCCCAAGCUGACCUGGUCAUGCCCACCAUACCCACCUGCUGAGGUCUCCCUGCACCUGGCUGGCACAAGGGCCUUCAAUAACUCCCUCAAGAUUCAGAAUUACUCCAUGAUGAAGCUAGAUUCCCAAAAGACCGAAACAGAAUAGUUCUCCUUUUCUAAUAAAAAAAACCCCAGCUCUGUUUA